CGGGCGGGAGCGGCGAUGGAGCGCGGGGCUGUGCGGGGCCUCGCCAGCCGGAUGGGUCUCACCGAGCCCGGCGUCAUCAGGAAAGCCGAAGAGUAUCUGCGUCUGUCCCAGGUGAAAUGCACGGGAUUAAUGGCUCAAAUGACAGCGACCAGCAGUGCCGUGAUGUGCCUGGACCUAGCAGCUAGUUUCAUGAGACAACCAGUGGACAAAAGCUAUUUUGUUAAACUCUCUGGUUUGAACAAGACCACCUACCAGAGCUCCAUGAAGUCGCUGGAGUGUUUGCUAGAGGUGAACCCCAGACUGGGAAUGAGAGACUUGGCUGUGCAGUUCUGCUGCACAGAGGCAGUGAACACCGCUUCAAAAAUACUGGAGAGGUAUGAAUCCAGCCUCUCUGAAGCACAGCAAAUGGACCUUGAUUUCUCAAAACCACUUUUUAUAACAGCUGCACUAUUCACUGCAUGCAGGUGUUUGAAGCUAAAAGUGGACAAAACUAAAAUGUUGGCUACAUCUGGGGUGAAAAAACCAAUAUUUGACCGUUUGUGCAGUCAGAUGGAGAAGAUGAGCAAGAAACUAAGCAAUGAUGUUCCACAGACUGCAGUGACACCUGAAAGUUUGCAGACUGACCUGGAACACUCUGAGAAGGAAGAUGGAUCUGAAGAUGAUGAGGAGAUACCAUGUAAGCAGCCAAAGACUGAAACAGAGCAAGACUAUGAAGAAUGGAAAAAGAAAAUCCUGGAAAAUGCUGCAAAGGCACAACAGACUAAUGGGAGUACUGUCUGUAGUGCCACCUAGUAAUGUCACUGCUGCCUGCUCGUGAUUUUAACUCUCCCUCUACAAUGAGGAGAGUUACGGUAGCACAAGAGCAAUGGCUGCCUGGUUGCCAGCUGAUUUUUUUUAUUAGCUAGUUUUUAAGUAUUUAUGAAUGUUAUUUUUAGUAAUAACAGCAUAAUUGAGGUGAUUUUACAAGAAGCAUGUCUACUUGCCAGGCUUGUACCUGAGCAGCCAUGGCAUUAGGUGGUAUGAUACAUACUUUCAUUCUGCCGCAAAAAGCAGAUAACAUUCUGAUGCUCUGGUUAGUGUAAAUAAGUUCUACAUUACAUUCCCCUGUGCUCCUGGCUGGAAAUAGUGAAAAAAGAGGGAGGGGACUAACAGUGCCUUGCUAAGUUGCAAAACCAGCAGGGGAAUCAAAAUACUGAUAGGUUUUGGGUUUGGGGUUUUUUUUUACUGUUUUAGAAAUAUUGUUUAGUCACUGUUUUUGACUUAUUUUUAUGAUCUGUAUGGGACUGAAGUUUCUUGCGCUUGUCAG